AAUGAACUUCGCAGCUGCCUUAACGUGUGACGUUAGGAUUAGCUCAAUUACAGGGUCAUCAAUUGAUCUUAACCCCUCUAUAAAAUAACUCUGUAACUCCACUUCAAGACCACAAGGAGCCUGCAAACUCAAAAUGGAGGUUGUUCCAAUUUCUUCCGUUCUUUCAUUACUCCUCAUCCUUGUUCUCUUGCCUUCCUCUAUACUUUCAUUUCCAAUUCGUGAUAAUUUUCUCCAAUGUCUCACUGCCAAUUCUAAAACUGUCAUUCCUUUCCCCACUUGCUUUUACAGUCCAGACAAUUCUUCUUUCUCUUCCAUUUUACAGUCUUCCGCUCAAAAUCUCAGGUACUUGUUGCCUUCCGUACCAAAGCCUGAAUUUAUCUUCACACCCUUUCAUGAAACCCACAUCCAAGCUGCUGUUAUCUGCUCAAAAAAGCUGGGAAUUAAUCUCAGAGUCCGAAGUGGAGGCCAUGACUAUGAGGGUCUCUCUUACGCUUCUGAAAUUGAAACACCUUUUAUCGUUGUAGACCUUUCAAAGCUUCGUUCUAUUAAUGUUGAUAUUGAAGAUAACAGCGCAUGGGUUCAGGCUGGUGCCACAAUUGGUGAAGCUUACUAUAGAAUUGCUGAAAAAAGCAAUAUUCAUGGCUUCCCGGCUGGUCUUUGCUCCAGUUUAGGGAUUGGUGGGCACAUUACAGGGGGUGCUUAUGGUUCCAUGAUGAGAAAGUACGGCCUUGGUGCUGAUAAUGUCAUCGAUGCUUGUAUAGUCGAUGCCAAUGGCAACGUUCUUGAUCGACAAGCCAUGGGAGAAGAUCUUUUUUGGGCUAUUAGAGGAGGUGGAGGAGCUAGUUUUGGAAUCAUUGUUUCUUGGAAACUAAAAUUGGUUCCGGUGCCAGCAACUGUGACAGUUUUUACAGUUACUAAAACCUUGGAAGAAGGUGCCACUAAAAUCCUUUACCGGUGGCAGCAAGUGGCAGAUAAACUCGAUGAGGAUCUCUUCAUCAGAGUCAUCAUACAACCGGAUACAAUCGGUAACACUACUGCGAGAACUGUAAAAACUUCCUACAAUGCCCUGUUUCUUGGAGAUGCAAACAGACUCCUCCAAGUAAUGCAAAACAGCUUCCCCGAAUUGGGUUUGACAAGAAAUGAUUGCACAGAAACAAGCUGGAUCAAAUCAGUGCUAUACAUCGCUGGCUACCCAAGCAAUACACCUCCAGAAGUUUUACUUCAGGGGAAGUCUCUAUUCAAGAACUACUUCAAGGCCAAAUCAGAUUUUGUCAAAGAACCCAUUCCUGAAACAGGACUGGAGGGACUCUGGAAAAGGUUAUUAGAAGAGGAAAGUCCAUUGAUGAUAUGGAAUCCUUAUGGUGGAAUGAUGAGCAAAAUUUCAGAAUCUGAAAUUCCUUUCCCUCACAGAAAGGGCAACUUAUUCAAGAUCCAGUACUUGUCUAACUGGCAAGAUGGAGAAAAGAGUGCUGCGAAGCAUAUGGAUUGGAUUAGGAAGCUUUACAACUACAUGACACCAUAUGUUUCCAUGUUUCCAAGAACUGCAUAUGUGAAUUACAGGGACCUUGAUUUGGGGAUGAACAAGAAGACAAACACUAGCUUUAUAGAAGCCACUGCAUGGGGCAACAAGUACUUCAAGGACAAUUUCAACAGAUUGGUAAAAGUGAAGACCAAAGUUGAUCCUGAUAACUUUUUCAGGCAUGAACAGAGCAUCCCACCUCUUCCAGUUUCCGUUGGAAGAAAAAGAAGAGGAAGAAGAGGAGGAAUACCGAAUUAGAGAUCUAAAAUUAGCUUGUUUGGAGCGCCAUGUGUCCCCAAAUUUGUUUGGCUAAGUAAAGAGGAAUAAUAAUUUUUACAGAAGAUAUUAUUAUAUUAUGGUUUAGAGUGUCGUUGACAAGUUUCUGUAAGGAUUUUGUUGAACAAAAUACUUGUUUUCUCUUGCUUUAUUUUGUUUAAAAAAUGCUAAUGUAAUAAUUUUCUCUUUUAGAUUGGUGAUCUCGAGCGAGGUGUUUUUUCCCCUUCUAACGAAUAAAGACUCAUAAGGCUUCUGUAAAA